AUAAGGUUCUUGAUUAUUUGCAGACCCCGUCAUAGCACCAAGAAGGAAUCCCGUGUAUGUGAAUCCUUCCUGUCACAAAGAUUAUAUGAAUUAUGGAUUUUUCUUGUUGCAUCCUUAUGUAUGAGAAUAUAAUUAUAAUGUAUUGUUAUUUGUAUGCAUACCUGACUGAAGAAUUCAUCCUGGACAUCAAUAUGUUGCUUGCCGCGGAAAUUUUUCACGACCUGCAUGAAGAUGUGAUGGCCGCUGCUUCUAGAGGGCAUGGUUUGAUGCUUAGGUUGCAGCAGCUGGAGGCAGAGUUUCCCGCAGUUGAGAAGGCGAUUAUAAUAUCCCAGACUGACCAUUUAAACUACCUACACGAUGACGGUAUCGAGUGGCAUGCGAAUCUUCAGCUUAAUCAGAAUUUGAUCACGAUAGGAGAUAUGCCUCGUUUCAUUUUGGAUUCCUAUGAAGAAUGCCGUGGCCCACCGCAUCUAUUCACGCUGGAUAAGUUCGAUGUUGCUGGUGCUGGGGCUUCAUUAAAACGAUAUUCAGACCCCUCUUUCUUUAAGAUGGGACAGACCUCUAGCAUGAUUGAAAUAGAUUACUUCAGAGAAAAGAAUCCCCGUAAAGUAAAGCCUCUGGAUAGAAUGAGAGAUGAACUCAAGGCUUAUGUUGCCCGGCAUAAACUUACCACAGAACUGGAGGCACCUGUAAAGGAUGUUCUUCAGGUUUAUGAUAUCUCUGAAGAUUUUGAGAAGCUGAAGAUCUCUGCAGAGACCUCACAAGAAGCAAAGAAGGCUGACAACAUAAGGUUAUGCCGGGUCACUGACAACAUAAGGCAGCCGUUUCCUUUCCAGGAGCAUUUUUGGUUGGAUUCCGGUUGUAGGAACCUCUGACCUUGGCAUCAGGCUUCUCCUUCUGAAUGAUAAUGGAAAACUAAGAAACAGGCCAAGGAGCAGCAGGAAGAUGUCAAUGGUGGUAGCGAUGCUUUGUCAGUUGGUUCAGAGCAGGCAUCUGUUGAUGUGGUGAAGGAGAUCACAUAUGAAGAUAAGGAGAACAUGAGGGAUACUGAGAUGGCAAUAGAUGCUGGCAAUGGCAUAGCCCAAGAAGUUUAGAAAAGACGGACCAAUUUCAGAUUCAAACCUUCCGUUUGCUGAAUAUGCACGGAGCAUUAACACAUUCAGUAAAGCCUGAAGCUCACAGAUCACUUGAACUGCAGUGACGGAAAGCCGGAGAAGCAGUGGCAUAGAAGUUGGAGAAGCAGAACAGAUCAAGACAUUGUUGUUGGAGAGGUACUAUCUCAUCAAGGAAGAAAUAGACAGUGGUGAGGAAGUAUCGCGAAUCAACACAAAAUCGACAGUGGAGAGGUACUAUCUCAUCAAGAAAUAGACAGUGGAGAGGAAGUAUGGAUGAGGAGUGGUCACGUACCUGUGG